CCUGCUGCCAUAGACAAUAGAAGAUACCCUCUAGACAACAGAGGCACGCAGUUAUAAUAUUAAUAUUGGGCUUAUAGAGGAUUUCCUGGAAUUUGCUUUGAUUUCGGAUAGACGGCCCUGCAUAGAAGUGAUAGACAUGGCGCCAUACGCAGUGCCGACCCCUCCGACGGCAAGCCUUCCUUCGCUGAAACGGCUGGCAGAGCACCCGGUUUCGCAUAUCAAGCAAGCUCUGCACAACUUGCGCGAUAUUUAUUUCAUUCCGAUACCGCCUGCACCGACGAAGCUGCGCGUACCAAAGCGGCAUCUGAAGACGCAUAUACACGAUACGUCGGUGCCAGACUCUGGUUAUGCAUCCGCGGAGGAGGAGGACGAUGCAGUUGAUGUUGAAGAGGAGCGGGACCUUACUCCGGAGUUCGCGGAUGAAGUAGAUGCUGCCGACCCCGACAUCCUUCGUUCCGACCCAUUCGAACGUGCCUUUGCUAUCAAAUGGUUGACGGGAUUCAUCUCCCGCUCGGAUGAGUGGAUCUCGGCAGCUACUGAUGAAGUAGAGGCAAACGAGCGGUAUGACGUGCUAGACGAUGUCACGGCUCUGCUGGCCAAGUUCGCCAGCGACGACCUCGAGGAGACCGGUUCUCUGACUCGCAAAUUCUCAUUCCCCACGGCCGAGACAGCAAGCGCGACUUGCAUCGAAGUCGAGCUCAACGAUGCCGCACUUUCGAAGGAAGAUCACACCUCAGUCGGGUUGCAAAGCUGGGCGAGCUGCAUCAUCCUUGCCAGAAGGAUGUGUCUAGUACCCUGCAACUAUGGACUAGACAGGCCUGCGAGAGUGCUGGAGUUAGGGGCAGGCACAGGCCUGCUCAGCAUCGUGGCCUCCAAGCUCCUCGGCUCCGCAUCCCCCGGACCAGUAAUAUCCACUGACUACCACCCGGACGUUCUAGCGAACUUACGAAAGAACGUCGAGACCAACUUUGCGGACUUCCAGCCGGCUCCGGUCGAUGUGCACAAGCUCGACUGGGAGCAUCCGGAUUACUCUGCACCCCUCGACCGGCCGUUCAACGUUAUCCUUGCGGCGGACGUGAUCUAUCACCCGGAACAUGCCAGCUGGAUCAAGCGCUGCGUGGAGCGGCUGCUCGUCCGCCCCUCCGCCGAGAACGGCGGGAGAGGUGGGAUAUUUUGGUUGGCGAUUCCCAUGCGUACUGUCGGGCGACAUGAGGGAAUGGGUGAUACCGUUGGCGCGGUCUUUCCUGCCGCUUCUGUGGUCUCCUCCGUGACGGAGAGGGCAGUUCUAGCUAUCUUGAGCGAGGAGCGAGUCGAAAGGCAGGAAGGAGUCGGACGAGCGGACGAAGGCGGGUACAGGAUCUUUAAGAUCGGCUGGAUUUAGUUGUCGGACCUACUUUGUUUAUGACUGAAAUGACGAUCCCAAACGCUGCCGUCUUGCCAAGGUUUGAUGCAUAGAUGGUACUAUGCAUCUCAGUCGGACCAGUGUCGUCGCAGGAUAGGAAUGGUACAACAUAUGUCCGAUUAUGUUCGGGUAUGGGUUUCUACAUGCAAGGCUACAUACUUGUAGGCAUAUAUUCGUUACUUCAUAAUUAGGCAUGAGGGGCGUCCCCGAGAGAGGGGCCCCAUUAAUUUCAACUUUAACACGUCCCGUAUGUCACCGGUUCCCGAGUCCGCACAACGCCAACGCAGCCCUCAUGGUAUCUUCGUCGACGUUUUGGUCCUUUUGCUGUGCUUGUAAGGUUCCUCGCUUGCUGGUAUCUUCCGUGUAGCCAAAGCUGUCGUUGGGAGUGAGGGCUUCGUGCACCUCCUCGUCGGUAUAGUCGUCGUCGUCCAUAUCCAUGUCCCCCGCACUGCUCUUACUGCAUUGCGUCUCCGUAUCCUCCUCCGGCUCCUCCCUCAACGUCGCAAAUAAACCCCCUUCUGCCAAUUGCUGCUUAGUCGAUACCCGUGCCACCGCGCACGCCCACUCCAGCGUCUUCCGGUUGCCCGCGUUUUUCGUCUUGCCGAACUCGAUGUAGUGGUAUUCGCGCACGGGGGAUGAUGGGGACUGGAUGGGCGACGAGAGCAUGCUGUCCCAUAGGGUGGCAUUGGGCC